CUAUAUCUAUCAUUGAGCCGACCUUCUCCUAUCAGUUGUGCGUACAACUUAAACAUCUGUUUUGGAAAACUUAUCGUGUCUGUGACUGCUGUCAUAUUUUAUGCAGAUAACAAUAAACCAUUUAACACCUGGGAAUGGCUUCAGACGAAAUAAAUAAUUUUGAACAAAUACAAUUGCCUGAUGUCACCGCCAACGAUUUAGAAACGGGGAAAGUCAUAACUCUUACAGAGCUAAGUCAGAGUCAACUGGAGGUAUUUUUAAACAAAUUACAAAAGAACUGCGACAAACCAGAAGGUGAAAUUGAAGAGUUGCUGCAAACUUGGGAUCAACUAGAGCUGUUGGAGCAUUUCAAAAGUGAAAACGUGGAUAUAGAAGUCCUCAAGAAAAUUGAGUGCCAUCAUUUGCCGCAAAUCUUAAAGCCGUUCAAAUACACGACCCUCAUAACAUUUGAGCAAAAUCUGCGAAAGUGGCGGGAAUCUAUUGGCAUUCCACUUUUUCUAUAUUCACAAUCACAUUUUGGAUCAAUUCAUCAAUCGCCAAGUACAUCAACAAGAUCUAUCCCAUAUUCAUCACCACUUGCGUCCAGACCAGAAACUCCGACCACGCCAAAGACACCCUACUCUCCGAACAAUUUAACAUUGUCAACUAUUUUAAACAAUAAUGCAAACGGGCUUGCACUUGCUGAAAGCUACGAUCGAAAUAAACGAUUAACGGACAAACAACGAGCGCAAUUGAUAUCCGUUGUAGCGCAAUAUUUUGACAUUAAUAAAAUACAUCUUGACUUGUCUGCUAGCUAUAAGAUAGAAAAGGAGAUUGUAGAACGAUUUCCAACUGAAAAAUUGGAAUUUUACCGAACGAGCAAACGUGGUAAAAUUUGCAAUAAAUAUUGUAAUUUAAAAUUCACGUUCAAGGCGAUAAACGAGCCUCAAAGUAUCAGACAAUCUAUAAAGACGUGUGGGAAAAGUGGAGUUCGAGAAGAGAUUCCAGAGUUAAUUGCAGAAGAAAACGCCGAACAAUGCUUGCGGUCAUUAAAAUUUGAUAAUCUUUCCUCGGAAGAAAUUGAUAGAUGUUGGAUGGCAAGUUCCCAAUACAGGCUCUUGGAAAUACAAAAUUCCGAAUCAACAUCAGACGUAUUAAAAAAAUGGCCACAAUACAAGCAACCAUCGCUUUAUUGUCGAAAUGCUACAAUUAUGUGGUCACUUCAUGGGUACUAUAUUCCCAGCCAAAAAUCUGUGCGAAAAGACAGAUUUGGAAAGAAAAGCACCACUAAGUAUACGAUCAAGGACUCCCAGGAAUCAUUUCUUUAA